GACCAGUGUUAGGGACACCAUGGCCCGUCUGAUACACGUUCUGGCCCUCGCAUUUUGCGUGGGAAUCUCCGUCAUCUUAGGAGAUCCCGUACCGGUCUUUAACGACUGUGGAUCCAAAGUGGCCAAAAUCAACUCUAUCAACAUCACACCAUGUGCAACUGAGCCGUGUCAGCUGGUGAAAGGACAAAACGUCUCCGUGGUUCUCGAGUUCACCACAAACAAGCAGAUAACGAAGGCUAGUGCAGUUGUGCACGCCAUCGUACUUGAUGUCAGGGUCCCACAUGAGAUCCCAAACCCCGAUGCAUGUAAGGAUUCGGGACUGAAAUGUCCCAUAGCAGCCGGGGGAACUUACAACUAUACCUCCUCCCUCUUGGUGUCAAAGUCAUACCCGUCGAUCAAGUUUGUGGUAGAGUGGGAACUACAAGAUCAGGACGGAGAUGUCAUCUGGUGCUUCCAGGUCCCAGCUCAAGUUGAAGGGUAGCUGCCACGCGGGCUAUGAU